ACUUUAGAGAUCCUCCGUAAUCUGGACGAUUGGCGCUACCUUUGAGUUCGCAGUUUUUGUGCAACUCGGACACACGCUGAUUUCCGUAAUGGCUGCCUAAGCUUUGCGGGCGCAAUAUCUUUGACGGAUUCUAGACGAAGAAGAGCUUUGGGGCGGUCCGAAUGGACAGUCAGGUGGGUGCUGCUGGAGCAGGAGGUAUUUUGGCGAUAGAGUCUAAAGUACCUGAGAUCCCCCAGGCCCCAGAAAUCCCCGAACCUACAGGGCUCAGUCCUUUAGCGUCGUCGCUUGAUCAUAAUCUCACUCUGCAAGAAGAUUUUCUGCAAUCUGGUAGUAACAAUAUGGGGAUUGAAAACACAUGGACAGAAGCCAAUAGCUCAGCUGCAGACUAUGCCAUUCCAAUGCCACCACCAUCAGGACUGGAUGAUUUUGUAGAUGUUGGAGCUGACCCUAUCGAAGAUUCGCCUAUGGGUAUUGAACAUGGACCUUUCUUACCUCCUGGAGCCAUUGCUUUAAAUAACCUUUUUGCUGAAGCUGGAGAAAACCAGGAUGACUCUGUGAUAGAAGUCACGACACCACCUGGGGUGUGUGGGCUUCGAAAUUUGGGCAACACGUGCUUCAUGGCCGCAGGACUUCAGUGCUUGACGGCCACACCUCCUGUCCUACGUCAUUUUCUAGAUUCUGAAUCUAAAUGUGAUAAACUUGUACAUCCACAUUCAUUGAUGGCACAUUUUGGUUCACUUCUCACUAAAAUGUGGUCUGGUAGAUAUAGUGUGGUUAGGCCAGCUGAGUUCAAGCAAGUCCUGGGAACUUACCAUUCGCAAUUUAAAGACUAUAGACAGCAUGACUGCCAAGAGUUUCUUGCCCUUCUGCUCGAUUCUUUGCAUGAGCAAAUGAACAGUGCAAAGUCCACGAAACAACAUCGGAUCCCGGCUACAGCGACAACUGCCGAAUGCAAUGGGGAGAAUGACCCAUUUUGUGACUCAAAUAUCACCGAUAACUUUGUGGCAACAACUGUCAGAAAUCGUAAAUCCUCGCCUAUUGAUAAUCAUGAAGUUUACGACAACCUACCAUCACCAGAGUGUCCCAAUAGUCCUAAUGUAACGAUGGCUGGUUCACCUAGAGAAUCAGAUUCUCCCAUGGGUGAGACAGAUAGUGCGGUUAAUUCUCCCAGAGGAUCGCUGUUGAAUGAUGACGAGGAAACACUGGAUUCAGAUGAGAUUCUUGAAACGAAAUCUAGUUUCAUUCACAACAAGAUGCAGGAAGAUGGAGGAACAGAGUCUCCAGUGCUUAGCGGAAAUGAAUUUCGGCUGGACAAACUCGACAAUGUGUUGACAAACAGUGUCACUUGUUAUCACGGAUUCUAUGAUAUAUUAAAAGAUGCAAAGACGAGCAAUGCGAAUUUCUUAGUCACGCCGCAGGAAAGCAACAACGAGAUACAUUACGAUUCCCAGAAAUAUCCAAAGGAAAACAUCCGCCGGACAGCUUUAGAGAAUUCUAAUUUAACUGAAAAUCAUGAUUUUGACAAUAAGAGUGUUAGUAUUAAACGAAUAAAAGAGGUCAAUGUACAAGCUGGGAAUCGUGGAGCUGACUGUUUCUCUAGCGGUUCCGAUGCCGAAUGUGAUAGUGGUCUUGAAAAAUGCAACGUUAAGAGAAUGCGACUCGAAGAUCAGGAGAAAAAUCACAGGAGGGAUGGACUCGGAGGCAGCGGACUCCAGUGCUCCAGAUUUAUGCUCAAUUGCGAAAAUGGUGCUGUUGCUACACAAGGCGAAGCUGAGGCAGAGGCUGAUCGAUAUUGGGCCAAACAUCUCAGAUCAAACAGAAGUGUAAUCGUUGAUACAUUUCAGGGACAAUUUAAAAGCACGGUUGUUUGCGCGGUUUGUAAGCAUAUAUCUGUUACUUACGAACCGUUUAUGUACCUCUCUGUGCCUCUACCACGGGCUAUGGAAAGACAACUGUCUGUGACGUACAUACCAGCAAAUGUAGAUGCUCCGACGAGGUGCGUAGUUUCUUUGAACAAGCAGUCGAGGAUUGGUAAAGUAAAGGCAGAAUUGCUGGAGACUUUGGGAAAGGCAAACGUUUCAACGGCGAAUGUGGCAUUGGCUGAAGUUUUGGAAAAUCAUAUAGCUAAGAUAUUGGACGAUAACUCACUCUUGAAGUACGUAAAUGACACUAACAGAUCGAUCUAUGCUUUUGAAUUAUCCGAUCCUCCCAGCGCAUACACGUCAACAUCCAACGGAAGCGGGGAUAGGGUGACGGAGAUGGAACCAUGCCGGACAGGAAAUGGAGUCAGCGAUGAUGUUGGGCUCUGCAUGAUAUGUUUGGAGGAGCUGGACGGGGAUCUUAAAAAGCAUGAUGGAAGUGGAUGUAAUUUCAUCAUGUGUGAUCCCUGCAUUGAGAACUACUUCAAGAACCAGACGGAUCCUCAAAAGUGCCCCGUUUGUUCAACGUUCGUGACGGCAUCCUCUUUUACAAAGAUCGAUCAAACUGGUCGUCCAAGGCCAGCUAUCCGUAACCUUAACGUACCGUUGGUCCUAAGGGGCGAUAGUAACGAGGGAACCAACAAUCGGAAAGGCACCAAGCUCUACGGUUAUCCACACUUAGUUAAAUUACCUUCCAGGGUUAAUGCUAAGGAUUUAUACAACUCUGUCAAGAAGGUCGUGCCGCAAGAGGCACAAUACAGCAUACAUUUUGUCGAUGGACAGGGUCAUCAUUGUUCCCGCUGUAUGUACACAGCUCAUUGUACAGGCUGUCGAGUACCAGAUUCGGGGAUGGUCGCUUUGCAAAAUGGCGAUACACUCGCGGUACGAUAUACGGAUACAGUGCCCAAAAUUAUAAAACCUGUCGAUCAUGUAAGCGUCAGCAAACAGAGACCACAUCGUCCUUUGUCAUUAUACGAUUGCCUGCAAGCAUUUAGUCAAAGUGAAACGCUAGAUGAACAUAAUCCUUGGUUCUGCCCCAAGUGCGAGCACAAUCAGUGUGCUACAAAAACGCUCACCGUCCAUCGAUACCCAAAGUUCCUUAUAGUGUACCUAAAGAGAUUCGUGUUUUAUGAAUGUGUCAGCAUGAAGCUAGACGACAAGGUCACCUUCCCAUUAGUUGGUCUUGGCAUCGGGAGGCACCUCUAUGAUCUCUACGCCUGCGUCUGUCAUUUUGGAGGUGUUUCAGCUGGCCAUUAUACAGCCUAUGCUCGUAACCCCCGGACAGAUAUGUGGCAUUAUUAUAACGACGAAGUAACAACAAGGCAAAAACCGCAGGAGGAGGAUUUCAGCAACGCUUAUAUAUUGUUCUACAGCCGUCAGGGUACGAAUACAAAACCUUGCAACAUUUAACUGCCAAGUUCAUCGGGGAUAUCGUAGACUUGACAAUUCCAGAUGACACGAAGACGGUAGACUUAUUUGAAAUAUACCUAUUAUAAGAUCGUCAUCGAACUGUUAGGUGUCGUAUUAUUGUAGUAUUGCUAAAGGGGAAAAAAAAUAGAUACCUUUCUUCGAUAUCACGAUACGGAAUGAUAUUUGUAGUCUUCGCUGUUUCGUCGUCGAACAAUUUUUUUUUGUUUCGUAUAAUAUUCAAAUCGAUCAUAUUGAUCAUGUAAUUCAAAUACAGGAAUAACCGCUCCAUCUCCUCCUUGCCUCAAAACAUUUGUUUUGUCAAAAAAUUGUUGUCCCCUUAUCCCUGAUUUAAACGUUGGCUUUCCAUUGUAGUCAAAUUGUUAUAACAGACCUGAUAUGAUCUCACGAGCAGAGAAUUAUACAUGCGAGAAUGUAUACGCCGUUUGUUCUAACAAUUACUCAAUUUAUGUUGUUUCUUUUAUUUCAAUUUUAAAAUCGAAUCUAAACUUGGCUAAAGUAUUCGAGCGAAUGGAGUACAAAAAAGAAAUGAUUGAACCCCGUUUCGGUGCGACGGUGUAAUCGCGAACGUAAUUUCCAAUAAUUACCUAUGUCAAAUUAUUAAUAAUAUACUGAAUUUGUACUAUAGUUAAUUAUAUAGGUAUACACACAGAUAGGAGCUUUAUUCGAUCAAUCUGAAUAUUGAUUUUGAACCUAAAUAAACGUAAUUUAUGAGA